AUGGAAUACGCAGAGUUGUCGUUGAAAUUGAGUUUCUCUGAGGCCAGGUUCUCCAUGAUGCAGUAUGAGAGGCUGGCGUCGCUGAGCAGCAGCUGCGAUCCGAGCGACUGGUUUUUGAGCAGGUUGUUGGAGUUCAAGUGGAUCAGUGACAGCCGUUUGAGGUUCUGGAAGCUGCCACGGAUGCACUCGAGCAGUUUUUGGUUGGCUGCGUCCGAUUCGUGGCUGAUGGAAGUCUGUUUGAACUUGAGCUCAAAGCUUUCCAAGUUUUCGAGCCUGUUGGUAGCAUCUGGAUUUAGAAUCUCUAGCGAUUCAAGACCGUUAAAAAUCCGACACAUUCUAUCCGUUUUAACAAACCCUUCGUCCUGGUACCGGUUGGAGGUAUUGAUGCAGAUCUCUCUGGUGUCCGAGGAAAUGUCGUUGAAUUCCACCAGAUUCACCAGCUGUGGUCUCGUUGAGGAUCUUGAACUCUUUGAGUCCGAGCAACGGCACACUGUUGUUACGCAGCUUGUAUUCAACCAAAAGACCCACGAGGAAAUCCAAUCCCUCGACGUUGUUGCUGUGGGAGCACACCACAAACCGCUGGAUCAGACCCACCAGGUUGGUGUUGUUGAUGAGGGUCUCGGUGAAUUGUUCAAACUUGUUGGUGGAGAGAAUAGUAAAGUCCGAGUCUCCCACCCUGUUGAGCCGGGUGUCAACCAGGAGCAGACUGCGGUAGAGCUGCUGCAUUGCGGGCCAGUAGAACCCGCGACAGGUGGCAGCAAGACUUAUAAGGCUGUUUGUGUCCAAUUGGGCCACUAUGGACCGACAGAUGUUGUCCGGAAAGUCCAUGUUUAG